CUCACGGUGUGAGUAGGUACCCCUGGGAACCCACUUGACAGACGAGGAGGCCCCGAGGAGCGCGCGCACAACAGAGAAGCCGCGGAAUCGGGAGUCCAACCCAGACCCCUGCACAUUUUCUUCCUCAUAAUUGAGAGAAGACCCACUGGCUGAAUGGCAGCUGUAGAUGACUUGCAGUUUGAAGAAUUUGGUGAUGUAGCCACUUCUCUAGCAGCAAACCCAAAUGCCACCACGAUAAGCAUUGAGGAUCCUGAUGAAACCCCAAAACAUCUGCCAGGACCCCCAAGAGGCUCAGGGAGAGAAGAGGAUGAUGAGUUGCUGGGAAAUGAUGACUCUGACAAAACUGAGUUACUUGCUGGACAGAAGAAAAGCUCCCCCUUCUGGACAUUUGAAUAUUAUCAGACAUUCUUUGAUGUGGACACUUACCAGGUCUUUGACAGAAUUAAAGGGUCUCUUCUGCCAAUACCCGGAAAAAACUUUGUGAGGUUAUAUAUUCGCAGCAAUCCAGAUCUCUACGGCCCCUUUUGGAUAUGUGCCACGUUGGUCUUUGCCAUAGCAAUUAGUGGGAAUCUUUCCAACUUCCUGAUCCAUCUGGGAGAAAAGACAUACCAUUAUGUGCCUGAAUUCCGAAAAGUGUCCAUAGCAGCUACCAUCAUCUAUGCCUAUGCCUGGCUGGUUCCUCUUGCGCUCUGGGGCUUCCUCAUGUGGAGAAACAGCAAAGUUAUGAAUAUUGUGUCCUAUUCGUUUCUGGAGAUUGUGUGUGUCUAUGGAUAUUCACUCUUCAUUUACAUCCCCACAGCCAUACUGUGGAUCAUCCCCCAGAAAGCUGUUCGUUGGAUUCUAGUCACGAUUGCCCUGGGCAUCUCAGGAUCCGUCUUGGCGAUGACAUUUUGGCCGGCCGUGCGUGAGGAUAACCGGCGAAUUGCACUGGCCACGAUUGUCACAAUUGUGUUGCUUCACAUGCUUCUUUCUGUGGGCUGCUUGUUGUCUAUUGUUUUCUGGAGCGGCUUCUUUUGGAUGCAGCAUCCCCAGCAGAAAAGCAGAAUGACCAGAGCCAGCUGGAAAACUGAUGGUGGAUGGCAUAGGGUCCCGACAUGUGGUUGGUGCUGCACUGAGGCCGAAGCACCCGUGUAACAGACAACAAUUGCAUGUUGCCUGGCACGUAUGUGUUUUAGCUUUCCUUUUCACCUGCUGAUUGUCACCUUGGCAGAUUUGGACAGAAAUGCCAGGGAAAUGCCAGGGCAGGGUCAGGCCUGCUCAGUGCCCUCCCCCAAAGUGAUGUGCUUCACUCUUCAUACCUGAAAUAGACCCACUCUAACUGCUCCUGUCCCGUCUCGGAAUUGUGUAGAUUACCUGGGUGAUCCUCUUCUCUGCAGAUACUAGCCAUUCUGAAGUAGCCAAACAGUAAAAACUUUGGUUGGGAUGAAUUGGGAGCUUGAAAAUUUGUCUUUGGUAACCUGAUACUGGGCAACUGGACCUAAUAAUUGCAGAAUAAAUACCUCACCUAA